CCGACGCGUGUCGGCUCUUUCGGAUCACCCCAAGUCUGCAGAGCCCUGUGCCAAACUUUUGUUCCGACGAGGUCGAGCAGUGCUUGGAUCAAGCCAAAGAAUCCCAAACCCGCAGUCGAUAUCUCUUUCUUGGUUGGACAGAAAGGGGUGCGAAACCCUUCGACGACGCCAUUCGGCAGCUCCCGAUCUUGGCAGUUGCUUGCCUCGUGCAUGGUGCCUUGGCGUGCCGGCUUUGCCAUCAUCAUGACUCCUGCUGCUCGCGCAUUCCCGCGCAGACGCCUUUGGUCGUUGACUCGGGGAGGGCAGACUGGACGAACCCCUGUGGUCAAUCCUUGGCUGGAGCCAACAGCCACCCCUGGACACCCCCUUGCGACAGCAUCACACACCAACACAGAACAAAACACGCUCGUCGUCAGGGGCUUUUCGUUCAGUCAGCCUGUCAUGCGCCGCCUUGCAACACUUGGCAAACACUGUCGCGUCAUGGUCUGCCUUCUCGAAGCACCAUCUCGUAUUAUGCCGCAUCCCGCCCUGACAGGAAACAGCCCGGGCCUAAGCUCUUGGCCACGCGGCGUGGCACCACCACCAUCACAAGCUAGCGAUGCAUGGCAGCGCUCAUAAACGGAUAUUAAGCACAGACAUAACUGAUCCACGACUCUGAUCAAGUAGGUAGGCGCGGCAUUAUUCCCUGAUGAUGGCUUGCUUUGCAUCGGAAUAUCCGCUUUAUAAGCCCAUCUCCGCCAUAAUUAGCAGCGUAGCAUCACCGCUCAAUCCGACGGGGCGACGGGACAUUGACCCAGCGGAUCACCCAAGGCCAUCCAAUCUCCCAGAAAAUUCCCACACGCUAUUUGGUCCCUUCUCGUGAUGCCGAAAGCCGAGCACAUAUAUCCAUUUAUCCAGGGUCUCGUAUGGGGGCAGUCAACGGCGCUGCCAGAUUGGGCAGGAAACCUGGCACACGGCCUGUUGCGUGUGGCGUUUCAUCGGUUUUGCGCCACCUUUGGUUUCAU